AUAGACUUUACGGAACCCGAAUGGCUUAUUUUCUACUAUCAUCUGAUAGGCGGUGUUUCUGUUAUCAUGAACACCCUUGGGAUCUAUCUCUUGCUUUAUCAAUGCAAUGCGAUAGGAAGUUUCCGUUACUGGUUAUUGGCUUAUCAACUAAUGUGUUUUGCCACAGAUUUACAGUUCACUUUACUUAUGCAACCCGUUCCUUUGUACCCAAUAAUCGCCGGUUAUUCAAUGGGAGUUUUAUCAAAAUGGUUUUCAAUUCCUUCUGUUUCUCUAACAUGUAUUGUUUUUCCUUUUUUGUUACUUCCAACCAUGUCGGGGUACACACUAGGAGUUUUGUCAUACUUUGGUGUCAACGAGUUUUUCAUGGUGGUUCUGGUUCUGUUGGCGGUCAACAUGUUGGCUAACACAUUUUUACUGAAGCAUCAAUCAGUUUCGUCGAUAUCGAAUUCAUUUGUUAUUCCAAAAUUCGUGAAUGGGAUUAUCUUUUUAGUGUUCGGAAUUGUUCUUAUUGCUUUUGAGAUAGUGCUGUACUCAGCAUGUUUUGAUGAGAAAGAUAAAUGGAUUUAUAUUGAACUGAACUAUCCUGAGUACAUUCGUAGCUUCCAGCAAUUACAGGAGUUUGAGGUCAUGGACGGAGAAAAGAUAAUAUUUAUAGCAAAAUUCCUCAUAGGCUUUGGCUUCUUUGGAUCAACUAUUUUGCUUCUCGUGGUGAUUGAUAUUUUCCAGAAAUUGAAAGUAUUGAAACUGAAGAUUUCGCCCAAAAACUAUCGGAAACAUUCUGAAGCAAUGAGAUGUCUUCUGGUCCAAUCUAUCGCGGUUGGCAUAGCCGCACUCCCUCUUUUAUUAUUUGGAAUUUCAUUGGCAGCGGAGAAUAUUGACGGUCAAUUUUGGGCAGAAAUCGGGAUCGCUUGUUUUGCCACUCAUUCAUCAUUGAAUAUGAUUCUUCUUAUGAUAUUUUUUCCACCGUAUAGAAAUUUUGUUAAGAAAAAUAUU